AUGUCGUUGGACCUCGAUUUGAAGCUUGACUUUGUCAAGGUAAGACUUGCGGGGGACCAUGGCAUAGGCAAAACUUCCCUCAUGACGCGAUUCCUCGACGACAGCUUCCAGCCUACACAAGUGACAAUCGAUCAGGAGGUGAAAUUCAAAACGUGCACUGCACUGGGGGAGACGUUCAAAGUACAGCUCAUCGACACAGCCGGCCAAGAACGAUUCAGGACGGUGACAAGCAGCUACUACCGAGGCGCCAACGGCGUUCUGCUCACGUUCGACAUCACAUCAAAGGAGUCCUUCGACGACCUGCAGGAAUGGGCUGUGAGCACGGAAGAGGCCAAAGCGUAUGCCGAGAAGCUGGGUGCGAGCUACGUGGAGACGUCGGCCAAGGAGGGGAAGGGCGUGCAGGAGGCGUUCGACCUCCUCCUCACACAGAUCGUCGAGAAGGUCCCCGAGGCCGGCCGGGGCACCGCGGGCGCGGUGGGCAAAGGGAAGACCGCCAAGUCGAGUUCGUCAUCAAGGAAGGGCGUGGUCGACCUCAACGACGACGGAGAGAAGAAGAAAAAGAAGAAGGGCUGCACGCUCUUCUAG